ACAUGUUAAACAACGACAAAACAGUUGUUGCAACAGGAGAAGAGGACAACCAAGUAGAGAACAACAACGGCAAUGAAGAGAAGAAUCAAGUGAAAAAUGACAUUGUUACGAUCAACGUAAGCGGCGUGACGUACGAACUUGAUACUGACGACAUCAGGCGUGCGCCGUCUUCUCUUAUACAUAAAAACGUCUUUGGUGCCGGCAAAUAUUCGUUGUGUUUCAAGCGACCAGUGCAAAGUUUCGAAGCAGUAUUGGCCUAUUACCAGACGGGGGAUUUACACAUGCCUGUGUCCGUCUGUCCCGGAUCAUUCAAAACUGAGUUGGAAUUCUGGGGACUUGAUCCACAAAUUAUGACCAAGUGUUGCUACUAUAGGUAUCUAUCGUUUGAAGAUGAUCAAGAGAUACUUGACAAAUUUCACGUGCAUUUAUUUCCGGAAGUUGGCCUUGAGAAGGAAAAACAUGUAUGGCUGCCAAAAUUAAGAAAGUCGCUGUGGAAUAUGCUUGAUUUUCAAGACGACAGAAUACUAACAAGGCUGUACUUUUGGCUUUGUACAAUCAUGGUGAUAUUAUCUGUCCUAACCCUGGCUCUGAGCAGUCUGCCGUAUUUCCGAAGAAACCUGACAAAAUGUGAAUUAGAGGAGGUCCUUGGAAUGCCCGUCACUUCAACAGAAUUUACCGUAAAUCAGAACGACUCGUGCACCGAGCCACUGCCCGACUCGAUAUAUCAAACCGUCGUUGUCGAGUACGAACGUGUAAAUGUGACGAACAGAACAGACCUUCAAAAGAACGACAUCUUGAUAGCUCCUGACGAGUACUUAAAACAGAAAAAUUCAAGCGACUCUGAUGAAAAGUUCGACUCAGAGCGCGGGUUUUUUGACUUCAAUUUUGAUUAUGCGGACACUGUUUCGGAUGACACGUUUGUUUCACAUAUUUUCGAGGCCCUGAGACCACAAACUGGAAUUGGAAAGAAAACCGUUCGGAUUCAAUCCGUCGUUUACCUCGACACGAUUCUCCUUGGCUUUUUCACCGCCGAUUUGCUCCUGCGCAUCUUUUGUUGUCCAAGCGUUGGAAAGUACUUCCUGUCAACAAUCAAUGUAGUUGACGCGCUUGUAGUUUUAUCAGCAUAUGCCCAUAUAGCGAUAAAUUUCCUGAAGAAAAAUGAAAAGUACGAGUUGUCUAACUUCGAUCUCUUAGAAAUCUUUCAGGUUCUGCGAGUUAUCCGUCUGCUUCGGGUUGUACGUGACGUCACUGCUUUUAAAGUGCUCUCCUUCUCCAUCAAAAUUUCGCUGAACGAUUUGCUCGUUCUCUUUCUGUACCUGGUCCUUGGCAUUAUAAUUUUUGCCAACUUCAUUUUCUUUGUUGAGAGUUCAGAAGACAUACAGAGUGUCCCUAUCGGGUGGUGGUGGGCGAUCAGCACUAUGACAACCGUUGGCUACGGUGAUGUCGUACCGAAGACUUUAUACGGGCGAUUGAUUGGAGGAGUGUGUGCGGUAUCUGGAGUGGUCAUGAUGGCACUGGCUAUACCGGUAUUUGUGAAUACCUUCCUGCUCUUGUAUGCCUACGCAGUCCUGUACAAGAAAUCCCUGAAUAAACCCGAGGACACACACGUGUUUAUUCACCGCCAAGGGAGGCUGAGAAAUAAAGGAAUAAGAAGUAAAGGGAUUAUGAGCAAUGGCGCUUGUUAAACCUGGAUGAAGAUUCAAAUAAUGUUGUCAAGAGUGAAUAUUUUAUACUUUGUUUCGUUGAGUGACUUGUGGAUAUUUGUUCUUAAACACUAAGCUUCAGAUGAAUGGAUAUAAAUUAUUGUAUGGUACACGUGUUCAACAUGAAUCAGCCGCUCAAAUUAUCAUGGUAUCUAACAGGACUGCCGGAAGACUUUCGAAAUCGCUAUUGACAUUACAAAAUAAAGUGUUCGUAGAAACUGCCUUAUCACAGUCUUUAAGCUCAUUAACUGCUUGCAAAUAAACAGAGAAGAUUCAAGUUCUUUUCUUUAGAGAAAGAACAGUUGGUAAGAUUUAAGUACAAACGAUCGAAAACUUUAGCUGAAUCGCGAGGUUGCUAAAUGUGUGCAUGUAUCCAUUUAUUGUAUUGUAUCGUUAUAUCGGAGUUAUAGUUAUAUCGCUGUUACGUAUCAUAGGAAUAUUUUCGCGCAUUUGCACAGCGAACGCAGGUGUAAGCAGCUCUUCGCACUCUUGUGCGGUGUUUGUCCCGCUCUUGUGUCGUGUUUUCGCACUAUUGUGUUUUCGCACUAUUGUCUCGUGUGUUUGUUUUCGCACUCUUUCGCCGUGUUUUCGCACUCUUGCGCGGUGUUUUUGGACUAUUUUGCCAUGUUUUGCACUCUUGCGUCGUGUUUUCGUUUUCGCACUUUUGAGUCUUUUUUUAUGUUUUGGCUGCCUUUUGCCGUGUUAUCGUUUUGCACACUUGUGCCGUGUUUCGCGCUGUGGACUGUGUUUUCUCAGCGUUUGCGCCGUGUUUCGAAAUCUUGCACUGUGUUUUUGCGCACCUGCGCCGUGUUUUUCUGCACUCUGGCGCCUUUUAGUUUUUGCAAUCUUGUGCCGUGUUUUCGUUUUCGCACUCUUGCGCCGUGCUUUCCUUUUCGCACUCUUGCGCCAUGUUUACGCACUCUUGUGCCGUGUUUUCGAACUCUUGUAUCGUGGUUUCGCACUUUUGCGCCUAGUUUUCGUUUUCGCACUCUUGCUCCGUGUUUUUGCACUCUUGUACCGUGUCUUCGUUUUCGCACUCUUGCGCUCGCAUUCUAGCGCCGUGUUUUCGCACUCAUUUUGUGCCUGUUGUCUCCGUGAUUGUGCACUUUUGCGCUGUGUUUUCGAACUCUUGCGCCGUGCUUUUGCACUCUUUUGCCGUGUUUUUGCGCUCUUUUGGCCCGUUUUGUGCCCUUCUCCGUGAUUGUGGACUUUUGUGCUGUGUUUUCGAACUCUUGCGCCGUGUUUUUGCACUCUUGUGCCUUGUUUUCGCGCUCUUUUGGUCCGUUUUGUGCCUUUCUCCGUGAUUGUGCACUUUUGCGCUAUGUUUUCGAACUCUUGCGCCGUGUUUUCCCACUUUUGUGCCGUGAUUUUGCACUCUUACGCUGUGUUUUGGCGCUCCUUUGUCGUGCUUUGCGCUCUUGUGCCGAUAUUUUGCACACUUGCGCCGUAUUUUCGAACUCUUGCACUAUGUUUUUGCUCUCUUGUGCCAUUUUUACGUUUUUGCAAUCUGGCGCCGUGUUUUCGCGCUCUUACGCCGUCUGAUCGUUAUUUCGUUUCGUCUUAUGGAUUCUUUUUCGAAUGUGUCAACAAU